AUGCUACAUAACGAUCACUCGCAAAUACCGGUCCUUCGUCAAGGUCUCGACGUCUCCGCUUUCUACAAUACCUGGCGCGUAUUCAUGGAAUGGUCAGAAAUUACGAGGAUCGACCACCUGAGCGUACCAUGUAUUCGUGGAACCAUCUGGCACGACGCUUCUAAUCCCAGGUAUGUUGCCUUUAUAUAUCCUGCCUGCUGCUGCCAGGCUGAUAACGCGAACCCAUCGUCAUCCGUCCCGGAUUUCGCUGUCCACGCUACUCCCUCAGAAUUUCGAAAAGUCGGCCGCAAAUAUGUCUCCAUGUCCCCGGUCCAAUGUCCAAAAUCUAGUACCGAGACGGACGUGGCGAGCACAUCCCAUCCGCCUUCGUCGGACAUGCGCACGUCCUUACUGGAGGAGAUCGAGGACCUGAAGCGUGAACAACAAAAAUUAAUGCAGCUGAUCCUUAUCUUAGAGAAGGAGGUGAAGACCAUGGAGCUCCGAGUCGAACAGUCGGGACGACGUGCAGUUCAUGUUCGAGAGUUUGCAGAGGCUACAGCCGACCUGGCUGCGCUGGUCCGCGCCGAGCGAGGAUCAUUGAGCACCCCUCCCCCUCCCCCUUACGGUGCAUACGUGGAUCAAAAUCCUAUUGAUGACACCUGUAUUCACUAUUCCCAGGUGCCUGAGCUGCUUGCGGGGGGCGUUGGUUUCGCUGUUCGUGUCGUGUACCUCGCUCAAUAUUAA